AAGGUCAUGGAAAUGCCAUCGAGGCGCGCAAUAAAACCUCACAGUUAAUUGUACCGAACAUUUGAUUAAUUGGGAGCUAAGAUUGUAGAUUGAAAAUGGCUGCAAACAGUAAAACCGCAAAGGCUGACAUUGCUCUCAUAGGUCUGGCCGUUAUGGGCCAGAACCUGAUACUUAACAUGAACGACCAUGGCUUUGUUGUGUGCGCAUAUAACAGAACCGUUGAAAAAGUAGAUAGAUUCUUGGAAAAUGAAGCUAAAGGAACCAAAGUUAUUGGUGGUAGAUCGUUACAGGAUAUGGUUAGCAAGUUGAAGAAACCAAGAAGAAUUAUGUUACUCGUAAAAGCAGGUUCAGCUGUUGAUGAUUUCAUUGACAAUUUGUUGCCUCUAUUGGAGAAAGGCGAUAUUAUAAUUGAUGGGGGAAAUUCAGAAUACAACGAUUCUAUUAGGAGAUGUAAAUCUUUAGAAGAGAAAGGAUUUCUUUUUGUUGGUAGUGGCGUUAGUGGAGGUGAAGACGGAGCUCGCUAUGGUCCAUCCUUAAUGCCUGGUGGUUCAACUGCUGCUUGGCCACACAUUAAAGAUAUUUUCCAAUCAAUUUCGGCAAAGGCUGACGGAGAACCUUGCUGUGAUUGGGUUGGUGAUGAAGGAGCAGGCCAUUUUGUUAAGAUGGUUCACAAUGGUAUUGAAUAUGGAGAUAUGCAGUUGAUUUGCGAAGCUUAUCAUCUUAUGAAACAAGCUUUGGGUAUGUCCUGCCAGGAAAUGUCCGAAGUAUUAACUGAAUGGAACAAAGGAGAAUUGGAAUCUUUCCUUAUUGAAAUUACCGCUGAUAUUCUUAAAUUUAACGAUAAGGAUGGUAAGCCUCUCGUUGAAAAAAUUCGUGACACUGCCGGUCAAAAGGGAACUGGAAAAUGGACGGCAAUUUCUGCAUUAGAUUCGGGCAUUCCUUUAACUCUCAUCGCUGAAGCCGUCUUUGCUCGUUGCUUGUCAUCUUUGAAAGACGAGAGAUUAGAAGCUGCAAAGCAAUUAACAGGACCUUCAAAUGCUAAGUAUGCUGGUGACAAAAAGCAAUUUAUUGAACAUAUCAGAAAGGCGCUUUACGCUUCAAAAAUAGUCUCAUAUGCCCAGGGAUUUAUGCUUAUGAGGCAGGUAGCCAAAGACAAAAAUUGGAAAUUGAAUAUGGGUGGUAUAGCUUUGAUGUGGAGAGGCGGUUGCAUCAUCAGAAGCAUUUUCCUUGGUGAAAUAAAGAAAGCUUUUGACAAAAAUCCAAGUUUAAGUAACUUAAUCUUAGAUGAUUUCUUCAAAAAAGCAAUUUUGAAUUGUCAAGAAUCGUGGCGUAAAGUCGUUAGUGAAGCUGUUUUACUAGGAAUUCCAACCCCUGCGUUCAGUACGGCUUUGGCCUUUUAUGAUGGAUACAGAUCAGGCUGGCUUCCUGCCAAUAUGAUUCAAGCUCAAAGAGAUUACUUUGGAGCCCAUACGUAUGAAUUAUUGUCGGAACCUGGUCGAUGGAUUCAUACUAAUUGGACUGGACACGGUGGAAAUGUCGCUUCAUCUACGUACAACGCGUAA